AAUCAAAUCAAAUAGUGUUGUGCUGUCUCUCGGAGUGUACCUGUGUACCGCCAAAUUCUUUGGUGCUGUGAUACAAUAUUGGGUUAUAAAAUGCCUACACAAUAUAUUUUGAAGAGAAAUAUUCUAAACAAUAUCUUAAGAUUUUCGAGGUUAGGUUUGAAAUUUCAAUCCACAAUACAUUUCCAAACUCAUAUAGUUGACCGGGCAUUUGAGGGUACGUGUCUGUGCAAUUAAUGAAUUCCCCAAUUUAAUUGAGUUUAGACCAAGUUAAUGAUCUUCAAAGUAUAAACUCAAACUUCAAAAUCCUUAAUUAAUACUAAAUGAAUUUCUCAUUUACAAACUGCAGGUAUCCUUCUAUGCAAUUCUUUGUUGGAGAAAUAGAUAGAUUUAAUGGAAUUACUAUUGAUUCUACUUCACUUAAAUGCUCAAAAGACAUUUUUACAAAAACUUUAGCAGAAUCACUCAACAAAUGGUCUUUAGAAGGCAGAAGGUGUAUAUGGUUCAAAAUUCAUAUAGAAGACUCAAGUUAUGUCCCUUUAUUAGCACAAAAAGGCUUUAAUUUUCACCAUGCCAGAGAUGAUUUUGUGAUGAUGUACAAAUGGCUGCCUACGGAGUCCGAGCCAAACUUGCCACCACCAUGUCACACCAACCUUGGAGUCGGUGCUUUGGUUGUGAAUGACAAACACCAGAUGUUGGCUGUUUCUGAGAAACAUUAUGAAUAUCCACAUUGGAAGCUCCCCGGUGGAUUUGUAGAGAGAGGAGAAGACAUAGUGUCUGCAGCCAAACGAGAAGUCAAAGAAGAAACAGGCGUGGACUCACGUUUCUUAUCACUGAUCACAUUCAGGCACACACACAACAUGAUGUAUGGUAACUCUGAUAUCUACAUGCUCCUUAUGAUGAGAGCAUUGACGGAGCAAAUACAUUUGUCGGAAAGGGAAGUGAAGGACUGUCGAUGGAUGAAUAUAGAUGAAUAUAUAAACCAUCCACAUGUGCAUUCUUUUAAUAGAUGGGUCAUAAAACAAGCCCUCGGUUGUAAAGACAGAAAUAUAAAAUUGGAUAUACAAAAGAAAACAGUUCAAUGGGCAACUAAUACAAGGAUUAUGGACUUCUUAUGUGUUACUGACUAUGAUUGAUAUCAUCACAAUAAUUUGUGAUAUAUGUUAAUAAUGUAAAUAUUUAUUUAAAAUGAUAAUAAUAUACAA